UGCAUAUUAUUAUUUUAGAAACUUAUUCAAAAUGUUUAAUGUCCAGUUUAAAAUCAUGAAUAAUGGUAAAAAAAUUCCUUCAAUUGGAAUUGGAACUUUUACCGUUACCAAAGAAACAGAACUUACCACAGCUCUAAACGAAGCUCUAAAAAUAGGGUAUCGUCAUAUUGAUACGGCAACGUUUUACCAAAACGAGCACAUUAUCGGCAACGUUUUAAAUAAAUGGUUGACAUCAGGACAAGUGAAAAGAGAAGACUUAUUUGUUACUACAAAACUUCACAUUAUCGAUUCUUUUCCAGAAAAAGUAGAAGAAGCAGUAAAAGCAUCUUUAGAAAAACUACAAUUAGAAUAUAUCGAUUUGCUAUUGAUUCAUUGCCCUGUGUCUUGUUAUGUGGAUGAAAAUGGUGGAUUCGUACCGGCGCCUACUGACCACAUUGGAGUUUGGAAGAAAAUGGAAGACGAGGUUGAUGCGGGUCGUGUUAAAAGUAUAGGUCUUUCUAAUUUUAAUAUGAACCAAAUUGAGAAAAUAAGAGCAAGUGCGCGAAUCCCGCCAGCUAAUAUACAAGUUGAAAUCCACCCCUAUCAUCAACAGAAAAAAUUACGAGAAUAUUGCAAAAAACAUGAUAUAGUAAUUGUGGCUUAUUCUUCUCUAGGAGCACCAGGAGUCAAUCACUUUUAUAGAGCUGUUGGAUGGCAUGAUCAUGAGCUACCAGGUGUUUUGACUAAUCCCGAGAUAGUAAGAAUAGCGAAAAAACACAAAAGGUCACCAGCACAAAUAGCUUUAAGAUUUGCUCUACAACUUGACUUAGCUGUUAUACCGAAAAGUACAAAUGCCGAAAGACUAAAAGAAAAUUUUCAUAUAUUCGAUUUCGAUUUGAGCGAUGAAGAUAUGAAGGAUAUCGAAGGACUAGAACAAGGAAUACAAACGAAAAUAAUCGAUUUAAAGUUUUUAUCUCCAAUAAUAACUCAACAUCCAGAAUAUCCUUAUAAAGAGUUGAUAGAAUGAAGGAUAUUGGACAUAGAAACGUCCUUUGAGAUAAAUUUAACGUUUUAAUCUAAUUCAAAUUAAAUAAAAUAAUAAACUCCCUUUAGAAGUUAA